GAUCGCGUAACGCUGAACGUUACACGAAACUUUGACCGAUCGACCGGCUGGUCUUUGAAUUUCGCAGCGUGCAGAAAGCGUGCAAUAAAAAUUUUUCAGCUGAAAUUCCCUCCUUCGUGGAAGAAUUUAAUGGUGAAAAUUGGCGUUUGAAAUUGCGGUAAAAGAAAUUAAACACAGUGACAUUUUGUCGAGGAAGAUUAAAAGUAAAUAGGUAAAGGGAAAACAAGUAUUCGCUCGUAUCGGGAACUUUAUAGCGCUUUGACUGCAGCUUCGAACCGGUUUUGAGGGAACGAAUAUUUUCACUCUCAAUAUGCCGACUUGCACCUGCAUACACAACGCUCCGUUAGAAGCGGAAAGCGAAGGUGACCGUGUGAUUCAUUAUCAAAACUGUGAAUUAAAACUACCCAAUGAAUCGUGCGAGAACGGAUCGAGCAAUGGAUUUCACGCAGACGGUGAAAUGUUGGAGAAAAUCAGGUAUCCAGAUGGUUCGGUCAGGCUUAGGAAUCCGAACAUCGAGCUUAUGGACCAAGACAUUUUGUACCAUCUCGCUCUCGGGAGUGGUUCCCACGACCUAGUCGAAAUGUUCGGCGACGUCAAGUUCGUCUGCAUGGGUGGAACGCCGAAGCGAGUGGAACAGUUCGCAAACUACAUAAUGCAAGAAAUUGGUCACAAACUACCGUGCGGCACAACGCUCUUUGACAUCAGUCAAUUUUCCUAUCGUUAUUCAAUGUACAAAGUUGGCCCUGUUCUGUCAGUAAGCCACGGCAUGGGCAUUCCUUCGGUCGGGAUACUGCUCCACGAAAUUAUAAAGCUCAUGUAUCACGCCAAAGUCAAGGACCCGAUCUUCUUCAGGAUUGGAACCUGCGGAGGAAUCGGCCUCGAAGGUGGUACCGUCGUCAUAUCCGAAGAGGCUGUCGACGGUCUUCUCAGGCCGUUUUUAGAACUCCCAGUGCUAGGUAAAAUGGUUCACAGACCGUCAAAACUAGACAAGCAUUUAGCGCGUGAAUUAAAGGCGAUGUCACGACCCGAUCAAGAGCCGUACGACACGGUGAUCGGCAAGACGAUGUGUACCUACGAUUUUUACGAAGGUCAGGGACGUCUUGACGGCGCGUUCUGUGAUUUUUCGGAAAACGAGAAGAUGGAGUAUCUGAACAAAGUCCACAAGGCUGGUGUUGUUAAUAUCGAAAUGGAGAGUCUGUCUUUCGCAUCUCUUACCCACCACGCCGGUAUUAAAUCAGCCGUCGUCUGCGUGACUCUGCUCGAUCGGCUCAAAGGCGAUCAGGUAAUGGCGCCGAAGGAGGUGUUAGAGGAAUGGCAAAUACGUCCGCAGAAAUUGGUAUCAAGAUACAUAAAGCGAUAUCUGCAGCGCAAUGGUCGUCUGUCGGUCGAAGGGCAUGGAUCCAUGUGCGUAAAGAGCCCCCGUCGUUUUAAACUAGUACAACAAGAGUCCGAGACCUACGAUUAAGCAACAAUCGGUGCUUCCCUUCAGCUAAAUUAAUUAUCAUUUUUAAUCACCGACAGUGAACUGUUUCGUAAAACAAUCACCGAACACCAAAGACGUGUGUCUAAUAGCGCAACCCAACGAGGAUCUUGAUGUCACUGAUACGAAGCAAUAAUUCAAUUGGAGAACGUCUUUACCCUCGUCGUAUUUAACACUUCGAUUAUUUCUCGCGCCAUAAUCAGCUACGAAAAAACAUCCCCGUUAUUAUUUAUUUCAAGCUCUACAACAGCUUCUUAAUUCUUUUCAACGAUCCAAUUUUUAUUUAUUUUUAUUUUAUUGCUAAAUAUUAAUAUCCUUACGUUUUACAUUGUUCAUUGACGCAACUAAUUUUCACAAUAAUAUAACGAAGGACUGUAAAAUUUACGAUCUCUUGUGUUUCUAUAGGCAUAUUAUUAUUAUUGCGCAUAGUCGCACACUUUUUCCGUCGAAGUGACGAACGAAGAGUAGUAUUUUAGUUGGUAAGAUAGAAAAAAAAUUCCAUCUCUAUUUAUUUAUAAAAUAACCUAAUAUCGUAAGCGAAAGUUCAAGUGAUGAUAUAUUAUUUUCAAUCUUCGACCAGGUUGAAAGAAAACCUUGACUGUUACUAUUAUUAUUAUUAUUAUUAUUAUUAUUAUUACUAUUCGUACUUGGGAAAUUAAAUAAAGCAUAUUGUUGCGCAAAAAAGUGAAACGGAAAUAAUAAAAACACGAUGCGAUUACUUCAGAUGCACAUAACGAUUGUACUAUCCAAAUGUCUCAUUAUAUGGGUUGCGCUAUGAGUGUUGUGAGAGGAAAAUAGUGGUGACUUAUUGUUAGUCAUUUAAAGCUUGUAAUUAAUAUGUAAUCGUACGAAGGAUUUGCAGCUUAUGUGUACCAUUCCCCCAAAAAAACGGAAUAACAAUUGUGUAAGAUGAAUUGUUGUUUAAUUGUUCUCGAGGGAGAGCGAAAGAUACGACAUUCCGAAUUCUGAAAAGGCAAGAAUAUUCUCGUCUCAAAAUGUCAACUACCGAGGAAUCUAAUCGGAUAUACCUGCGUUGUAUGUUGCAAAGAAAUGCAUGUUUUCGAUCGAAACUUGUUCCCCGAUGUGUAAGAUACUCGUUAAUCUACAUUUACCAAACAUGUAUUAUUUCCACAAUUACGUACAAAAAUGUAAACUGGCACAAAGUAAUUAUCAAUCUCAGAUCAACAGCUUUAUUAUUUAUUUCAAUAUAUAAUCUACGAGGGUGGAAUCAUAGACGGGAUGUAUUCGUUAUUUUGAAUUACACCAGACGUCGACCCUUCUCCGCAUUUUUUAAUACCUAAAUUUCCUCCCCCCCUCCCCCCUUUACCCUUCAAAA